GUCAGGGGGUUGGGACUGAGUUAAAACUUACAAAUAGCUUCAGAGAGUGCUUCGAUUCAAGUGCGCGCCAUUUUGCUAAGCUUUCGCAAGUUGGCAGCCCCAGCUUGCGCCUGCCUACUCCGCGUCGGCAUAGGAUGCUCAACCCUAAUACCCACAAAGGAUCCAGCAGCCUGUCAGUUUGUGCGCCGUUGCCGUGCCAGUUGAGAAUUACAAUCGAAUGUGCGUGCAUUGCGAACGGGAGAACGAGCCGAACGAUAAACGAAAUGAGAUGAAAUUAUUGUAGUGAAAAUUUGUGCAAUUAAGAUAGAAGCUAAGCGAAUGACAAAUUAAAGCGAAUGCAAAAUUCCUAGAAAUUGGACAUUUUGGAAUCUGAAAAUUUGGCCAAUAGUCCAAUUACUGUACCACCCACAGAGUGCGUAGCCAGAACGCAACUGCAGCGUAACUGAAGCCGAAGGACAUUGCAACGACGAGAUGCCGCUAUGUGUGUGCACAGCAACAACAACAACUACAAAAAAAUAGCCGUCUAUAGCAGCAAUAGCCUUGAAAGGGCUGUUACCCAUAGCUGCAGGACCAAAGCGCCAGGUUACGGUUACGGUUACAGUUACAGUUCCCUGGCCGCUGCCAACGCCGCCAGCAACUGAUUGGGGGCACAGCGAACAUUUUGAUGAUGACGCUGAUGAUGCAGUUACAAAUGCAGCAGCAGCAGCUCUGUUAUAAAUAACACAAGGACAUGGAUGGGCGCAAUGAACGCGAACGCGACGAGGACAAAGGCGCAGGCAAUAGCAACUACAACAACAGCAGCAGCAGAAGCAGCAGCAGCAGCAGCAGCAACGGUAGUUGCAACGGCAUGUGUGACAGAAAUAAAUGCAGCCAUGUACAUCUACAUUCGCAAGUGCUGCUAAAAUUAAAAUACUUAUAGUUGUAUCAUAUUUAAUGCAAUUGCACUCGAGUGCACGAACAAGUGACAGCUAAGUGAAUUUCUCAGAUAAUUGCCUCGUGCGCCAAAAAGUAGACAACAACAACAACAAUAACAACAAAAAACUAAAACUAAACGACGCCAAACGCGCGCGCAUACACACACACACACACACAGCAAGGGCCAAGACUUUGAUUAGGCAGCGCCUAAAGCUGUCAGCGCGCGUGUGUGUGUGUGCAGGAGAGCAAGCGAGGGCGAGCGAGAGGAAGAGGAAGGGAGAGUGAAAGUGGCAGGCGGCCAAGGUGUCGAGUUUCAAGUGUUUCUGUUUGCACGUGUGUGCGCGUGUGUGUGUGUUAGUUACUGCGCUUAACCUGAUUUACAAAAGUUUCGUCCUUUCAACGUAAACGACCAAGGCACACACACACACACACACACACAUAUGGAAGUCAGCAGCUGGAUUAGUCACAAUACCAAUAAACCGUACAACCGCAAGAGAAGACGCCGCCAGCAGUCAUCGAGGAGACAGUCGUACAUUGCGAAUGGAAUGCAUGUUUUUAGCCAAUAACCUCGCCUAAAUGAAGCAUGAAGAAACAAAAUGUCCGCACGAUAUCCCUGAUCGUGUGCACAUUUACAUAUUUACUUGUGGGCGCCGCCGUCUUUGAUGCCCUCGAAUCGGAGACGGAAAAACGCCGCUGGGAGGCAUUGCAAGGUGUCGAGGAUCGGAUAAUACGCAAAUAUAAUAUAUCACAAGAGGAUUUUAAAGUCAUGGAGACGGUGGUUCUCAAAUCGGAGCCACACAAGGCUGGCCAGCAAUGGAAAUUCACUGGCGCAUUCUAUUAUGCAACCACAGUGCUAACAACAAUUGGCUAUGGACACUCAACGCCAACGACCCGCGGUGGCAAACUAUUUACAAUGUGCUAUGCCAUUGUUGGGAUACCCUUGGGUCUCGUCAUGUUUCAGAGCAUCGGAGAAAGAGUGAAUAGACUGAGCAGCUUUGUUAUCAAAGCGGUGCGGACAUCGCUGCGCUGCAAACGAACGCUCGCCUCAGAGGUGGACCUUAUAUGCGUUGUCACGACGCUCAGUUCACUGACGAUAGCGGGUGGUGCGGCGGCUUUUUCGAAGUUUGAGGGCUGGAGCUACUUUGAUUCAGUAUAUUACUGUUUUAUUACUUUAACCACAAUAGGCUUUGGCGAUAUGGUAGCUUUACAAAAGGAUAAUGCGCUAAAUCGAAAACCCGAAUAUGUUAUGUUCGCACUGAUAUUUAUACUAUUCGGACUGGCAAUUGUUGCCGCCUCACUGAACUUGUUAGUACUAAGGUUUGUUACAAUGAAUACCGAGGAUGAGCGACGCGACGAGGCCCAAGCCAUGCAGUUUAUGACCAAGUCCAGUUUAUGGACCAAUGAGGCACUACAAGUGGCUGUCAAACUGGAGGGCGAUGUGAUAACAUCCAAUGAUUCCAUACUGAGCGGCUACGAAGGACAAGAAGUCGAAUCGCUGAAUGGCACGAAUACAUCCUCAAUGUGCUCAUGCCGUUGUAUUUGCUUGAAUGGAAACCGGCAUAAAAAGCAUAAAAACGCGACCAGUGAAAACGUUGCAGAGCAGCAGUAUAAGCUGCGCCGUUCGCCGACUCACAUACGUCACCUGCUGCCGGAGGUGGUGCCCAUGCAGGAUCUGAACUACGAUACGCAGAGCAUGCACACCAUAGGCGCCCUCAAUGGCAGUGGCCUCAUCACUGGCAGCCACAUGGGCAUGGGCAUAGGCCUGGAUGUUGUGGACGAUACUGGCAAUCGUUCACCUCUCAAGCAGCCGCACAAAUUGCUCAAACGCAAUGUAUCACUUUUAUCUUUUCGUAUUUAGAUGCUAAAUUUGAAGCAGCAGCAGCAGCAGAAGGAACAACGAAUAUGGCCGCGCCCACUCGUGUAGCAAACGCCCCUCCCCCUUUCCUGCCUCUCCACAAACGACUUAAAAAUAAUUAAAGUGAUAAAACUUUCUCUGAUACAUAGUACUUAAACCUAAUGGAAUUCGGAACUGAAGGGUAGUGAAUAUUAAAUUGGAAAAAAUUAAAUGUGCAAAUUCAUGUGCGUUCACGAAUUAAUAUUUAUGUGCAUUUACAAUGUAAAUCAGUGCAUAAAUAUAUACAUACACACAUAUACAAUCUGUAGUAAGCAUUAUAGAGAUAAUAUCUACCUAUAUGUAUAUGUAUAUUAUUGAAUUAGGGCACUAGAAAAUUGAUCUAAACCACUGCCAUUUCCGAGCGAUAGACACAAAAUCACAAGGAUCACUUAGACCUUCAGUCACUCUCUCUCUUUCUCAUUUUCUCUUAACAGCCACUGAAAUUAAUCAAUAUCGAAAUUAUAGUGUGAAACACUAGACUAGAACUGCCUUUUUCAGGCUGCACUUAGAUAACGUACAUGAUCCGCUAAGAAGAAUGAAUAUAAAUCUAUAUAGAUUCAAAGCCGUGUCAAAUUCAAUUUUUGUAAAUACUAAAUAUUUUUGCUUAAUAUUUUUGAUUAGAAAAUGCCCAUUUCAUUCUUAU